AUGGGACUCGAGCCGGGUAUCAGCGCACCGCUCGGCAAGGGCAAGUUCGGGCGAGUGUAUCUCGCGCGGUUAAAGGCCCAGAGCGGCUUCUUACUAGCUCUCAAAUGUCUCGAGCGCGCACCGAUCGAACAGCAUGCCACGCUCAGCACGCAGGUUGAGCGCGAGAUCGAGAUUAUGGCGAACCUCAGGCAUCCCAAUAUCAUUCGGCUGUAUGACUACUUUUACGACGAGCGGCAUCUGUAUCUCAUGAUGGAGUACGCGGGCUCGGGCGAGCUCUUUCACCAGCUGAACAAGCGGGGCCGGUUCAGUGAUCGUCGAAGUGCAAUGUACACGUAUCAAGUGGCAGAGGGUCUUGCUUACUUGCAUUCGAAGAACGUCAUUCACCGCGACAUCAAGCCCGAAAACUUGAUGAUCGGGCUGAAUGGCGAGAUCAAAAUCGGCGACUUUGGCUGGAGCGUGUACUCCCCAGAGGAGAGACAGAGCACACUGUGCGGCACGCCGAGCUACAUCUCGCCGGAGAUGCUCCUUGGCAAGCCGCACGGUAAGGCUGUCGACGUCUGGGCGCUCGGUGUUCUCGCGUACGAGAUGGUCACGGGAGACGAGCCGUUCGCGGGCAAUGAUCAAAGGACGGCGAGAAUAUAG